AGUUGGCACUGUGUUCUGUGUGAAGUCAUUGUGAUUUCGAAUAAGAGCAGAAAUGACUUAGCUAUUUUAACACAUCCGGGUUGAGUCUAGAAUCAUAUAAGUAGGCUACACGUACAUGUAUCGUCACACUUGAGAAUUUGUGUACGUGAAACCACUUGACUCAUCAUGUUCAAAGCAUUUUCGCCAUACGUACUUAGAGGGGGGAAACUUUGGAAUCCAUGUGCUCAGAAGUCUCUGCGACUAGCCAGCGGGUUUUCUGUCAAUCGACUUGACCACUUCGUCAUCACAGUCAAGAAUGUACAGAAGACUUGUGAUUUCUACUCCCGAGUUCUGGGUAUGGAGGUGUCGACCUUCAAGGGUGGGAGAAAAGCUUUGAAUUUCGGUCAACAGAAGAUUAAUAUUCACGAACAUAAGAAGGAGUUCGAACCGAAGGCCCAUGUUCCAACUCCAGGAUCAGCAGAUGUCUGCUUCAUUACACAGGAAACGUUGGACAGCGUCAUGCAGCACCUCAAGAAUUGUGAAGUACCUGUAUUGGAGGGACCAGUAGACAGAACCGGAGCUGUCGGUCCUAUCCGGUCGGUAUAUUUCAGAGAUCCGGAUAACAAUCUCAUAGAAGUGUCCAACUAUCUGAAGGAGUCCUGACCCUCGUCUCCAGUUGUAACCUUUCAGAUCAGCCAGUUGUUACAUUGGACUGAGUCACUGUACAUAAAACAUACGUUAUACGCGUUUAUGUUUAUAGUUUAGGAAUGCACAUUACUGUUCUCUAAGACCAACAGUUCUUUUCCGUAAAAACACCUUAGUUAAGGAAAUCUGAAAUAUUUUGGUAUUUCAAAAAUAUUUAUGGCAGAUAAUUACCUUUUAAAAAGACUCAUUAAAAGUCUAGUUUAUACUAUA